AUGAAUUCCCUUUCUGAUAACCAAGCGGAUGAGUCGGCCUAUCAGGAUGCAGGCUAUUAUGGCACCAUCGAUAGCUCCUUGACUGACGCUGACGCCGAUUAUUCAGCUACUGACAUGGAGCAGAGAUCACCACUUCGUGAACAGGACCGUUUUCUUCCGAUAGCAAAUGUGUCCAAGAUAAUGAAAAGAGCCAUCCCCCCAAAUGGAAAAGUGGCAAAAGACGCCAAAGAAUGCGUACAAGAAUGUGUAUCCGAGUUUAUCAGUUUCAUAACUAGCGAGUAUGUUAGAGUUAUCGUAUUACCAGUUUAUGCUAGAGCUGCUGAGCGUUGCCAAAACGAAAAACGCAAAACUAUCAAUGGUGAAGAUCUUCUUUGGGCCAUGAAUGCAUUGGGAUUUGAAAACUAUGUUGAACCACUGAAGACAUUUUUGGUAAAAUAUCGCGACGCUAUCAAGAUUGACUCCACCAUUAUAAAUUCGUCAGCCGAAUUAGCAGCUACUCUUCAACAACAGCACCCACACCACACCAACACGGUAAUUGUUGCUGCACCACCAAAUCUUCUUAAUUCUCCGGCUGCAAUGGCUCAGCGACAAGUGACUUUGAAUGGUGCUUCCGCCGUGCAGACUGGUACGACAAUCGAGAUGCAGGCGCCAGGUACGGAAGUUAAGCAGGUCGUAACGGCGACAAUUGAAGGCGGAGAGUUGAAACCUGGAACCGCCGCCCCAACCCACCUCACCAUGGCCUCCACGGCCACCGGUCAAACGUUUCUUGUCCCUUUCACUGGCCAGGACUUGAAGUCCGACGACGUAGACUACAAGGUCCUGACUUAG